GUCGUGACACCGUCGAUCAGGCUGACAGCCUGACUGAUAUUAUGAUUAUCAGACACCGCCUUGUCGAUUUGCUCCCCUCUCAAUUCAACUCAACUCAAGCCAUCGACCAGACGACUCCUGUGGCCUUCGCGAUGGACAUCUGGGUAUAGCAGCCACUCGAUUGCACCAUGAGUAACUGGCUGAACCGAAUCCUCUCCGAGCCCGUCUCUGCGCCUGCGGUCCCCAACCGGCCGGACGCUUCGUGGCCACAAACACCGCUGACUCCACGGACGGCAGCACGGUUCAGGGACCGCAAUGCCCCGGACUACCGCUACCAGGUGAACCAGAAGUGCAUCUACGAGCGACGGCUGCCGGGCGGGUCGUACAUCACGGCGCACGUCCAGCGCCUGCAGUCGGGCUUCUACGACAGCCCCGUGAUCCACGAGGACCGUAUCGACAACGUGCGUUUCGUGGCCAUCAACUUUGUCUUCCACCCCAGCUCCAGCACGUUCCGCUUCAAGUCGGCCGAGAUCAACAUCGCCCUCCACCACACGGGCGAGGACGACAAGAGCCCGCUCCAGGUGGUCGCCGGCCUGGCGCCCAAGACCAGCCACGACCACGGCACGCAGACCGAGACGGUGAGCAAUGCCCUGGUCAAGAGCAGUGACUGUCUGCACGCCCCGGGCUUCAAGCCCUCGCGGCCCAAGUUCCUGCGCCACGCGCCGCACCUGCUCUACGGGAGUAUCUCGCCCGAGACGUUGAACUGGAACUUCAACCUGGCGGGGUCUCUGGGCGUGUCUCAGGGCCCGGCCAGCGCGAGCUUCAAGCCCUCCUACGGCGUCAAAAGCAGCUACAAGAUCUACGAGAUGAUGAAGAUCCAGGGCUCCGUCCGCACGCUUCGGUCGUGGUACGGCCGCGAAUACGACAUUGAGGACGGCGAGCUGGUCUGGACGCUGGAGGAGAACAAGCUGCAGAAGUCCGGCUUGCCGCGCGAGUUCACGUUCGUCAUGCUCCUCACCAAGGGCAGCGGCGGGUUCGAGCAGAGCGGCGACGUCCGGCUCGAGCUCGACGUCCACCCCAAAGUCACGGGCAGGCUGGGCGCCGCGUACCCGUCGCUCAUCACGAACCUGCACCAGUAUCAGCCCUUCAAGAGGGAGGUGCUGGACCUCGACGAGCAGGUUGGCCAGGUGUUUGAGCCGCAGAUCAAGGGCAAGGGCUUCAACUUCGCCAACAUCGCGACCAGCCUCGACGACUUUGUCUGGCUGCCCGGCACCGCGUAUUCGACUUCUGACGGCGGCGGCGGCGGCGGCAGUGCGUCUCAGUCGGGAACCGGGCCUACUGCCCAGCAGCAGACUCCUCCGCAGCAGAGGACCCAGCAACAAUCCCAACAAGCAUCGCAAUCCCAUCAGCAGCACCCGGGGGCGCAGCAACAGGGGCACCAUCCGUCCGGAGACACGACACUCAAUCUGAGAGUCUUCCUGGAACCCUCGCGUGGCAGCCCCGUGCCCUUUUCCACCCAGAUCCAGCAACUCCCCUACGUGAACCUCAAAGUGCCGUCCCAGAAUCCGUCCCGCGCACAGUCGCCUCUGCCUGCCCCGUCUUCCGUGACAGGCUCACGAAACUCGACAACGACCACCCGACGAACGAUCACGAUCGGCUCGUCGAGGUCGGUGCGCAAACGGCGCUCCCGCACCGAGCUGUCCAAGGAAUACAAGUCAUCCCCCGUGACAGCGACAGCGGCAGUGAACGAAGACGGGAUAGAACGCCGACACUCUGCUGCCGGCCAGGCCACAUUACUACGCGGCCAGGGACCUGCUACAACCCCGGCCACACGGCCCUUUUCGUACCAGGGGGGAGAAGACGUGGCUCAGAACAGCCAUGCCCACGCCCACAUGUCGCCGUCGGCAAAUCCAACCCAGCCGCCUCCGCAGGACGCUGUGUCCACGCCCGCACCCCGUCCCUCGAGCCCAGAAUACGCCACCCCGCCUUCGUACCCGGACGCUCACCCACACCCGGACCUGCGUGCGGACAGCAUGGGCGGCCUCGACGACGCGGCGGUCGAGCUCAGAAACCCGGACGGAGUCUGAACCCGAGCACUGAUACACACGGUUGCAAACUAGCGCUAACCGCGCCGCAAGGGGUGUAAGAUGUCAACUUCUAACACAAGCUCCCUUCCCCUUCCUCUUGACGAGACAUGAAUUACGAUCCGUUUUGACUCCUGCUUGGACCCUAAGCGCCCAAGAUGUUGAUGGCUGGGAUGGGAUGACGACCCCGUGCGGAUGCGCGUGCAUGUAAUCACAACCACAACCACGCAUCCCAAAAUGCACGGAUAGAUAGAACACGGGGGGGAAAUACCCAGCCAGGUCCUUGGGGCUGCUCUGGUGAAAUCAAUAUAUACUAAUAUAGCAAUCAACGGUCACAAAUAGUAAUGAUAAUGGCGGGUAUCAGGAAGCGAAUUAUCAACAGUACAUUUCCC